AGAAAGAAACAAAUCAAGCGAUGGAGAGGCUAAACUCGAAGCUGUAUGUGGAGAAUUGUUACAUAAUGAAAGAGAACGAGAGGCUGAGAAAGAAAGCCGAACUUCUGAAUCAAGAGAAUCAACAGCUUUUGUUUCAACUCAAACAGAAACUCUCCAAAACUAAGAAGAACCCUAAUGGAUCAAACAAUGACAACAAUAUCUGUCCAUCAAGCUCUGCUUCUGGACAAUCCUGAACCGGAAAUGAAGAAGCAAAGAUCUGGCACUGGUAGAAGAAAAAACUCAACCCGAAGGAUUUGUUGUUGUUGUUGUUUGGUGUAAUGUAGGGAAGAUAGUAGUAGUAUCCAGUGGUUUGUUUUGAAAAGAAG